AUAACUCGGGUCAUGCACCAUUUUGGACAAAUUUUUGCAUACAAAGUACAACGUUCGCUUUCGCACGCGCCAUUGACGAGUGUUAUUUUGCCGCGGGACGUGAGCACAACGACAACAAUACGUGUGCUAUAAGUAGGCCAUCGGAUUUUAAAAAGGAAAUUUCACUCUUCAUCCAGGUCGAAUAUGGCAACUUCUGAGAAGGCCCCCUCGUCUGAACAGCAGGUCCGACUCAUAACAUGGUACAUACCCCGCUCUACUUCCACCGUUCUGGCCAAGUGCCUGAGCUUCGUCGAAGACACCAAGGUUUUCUUCGAAAUGUUUGGAAACGUCAACAUGCUACAGGAUGCGGAGAAGACAGAAGACGGAGCGGCUAAUGUCUCUGAAACCGGGCAAAAGUUUCUAGCAUUAAUGGAGGAAACCUCCAAGGUGAGUGACGUAUCGGCAGGGAUUGAUGCGUCCCAGGCCACCUACCAAUCGGUCAAGGAGCAAUUCGAAGAAGCCCAUCCUGGCAAGAGGUUCAUCUUCGCCAAGGAUGUAGCAUAUACCAUCACGGGCCACCUGGAGUUCAUCCCGAAGGGUUACCGUCACCUCUUCCUCAUCCGUCACCCCCUUAAAGCCUUCCCGUCUAUGAAGAAGAUGUUCCUGCAGACAGCGAAGGAUUUGUCUCCGGAGGAGUUCCGCAUGGAUGAGCUGCCUCCCAACUGGUUCCCGAAAGGCUUCGGCUUCAAGGAGACCUUGGAGCUGUUUGAGCACGUCAAGAAGGAGGUCGACCCAGAAGCGAUGAUCGUCGACUCUGAUGACCUCCUGCAAGAUCCUAAAGGAAUCCUGUCAGCACUCUUCAAAGACAUCGGGCUGCCGUUUGAUGAGAAGAUUCUACACUGGGAGGCCGGGGAUGCAGUCAUCAAGGAAUGGGUCGUGCCUCGUCUCUACUUACAAGGUGACCAGAUGGGAAAUUUCUACAAGAACGCACUGGACAGUACCUGCUUUCAGAAGCCGAAAGCUCUUCCGGAUCGCGCGUCUAUUUCUCCUGACCUCCUUCGUCUCGUAGACGCAUCCAUGCCGUACUACGAGAAAAUGUACAGCCAGCGCCUAUCAGGAUAGACUUUGAUCAUAUGAAUUAAUUUCUAUAAACAGUUUCGCCGUUUGAAAAGAGAACAUAUUUAAUUGUAUGUAUUUGUUUAUUUAUAUAUACAAAGAAUAACUCUGUUAACAUGCUUCUUGGUAUGAGAAGAAUCUCAAUCGUUUAUCAGUUUUUGUAAUUGAAGAAUGUCUAACUUUAUCGUUAAUAUUUGAAACGACUAAAAUAAGGCAUUCAUGUUGUACAUCUGAGUACGUCAUUGUGACGUGGUAUGUCAAUUUG